AUGCUUCGUCGUGCAGUCAACGGUGCUCAAAGUCUUCGCCAUGUGGUUCUCUUUAAAUUCAAAGAUACUGCAAGUCCAGCAGAUGUUGCUAAAAUUGAACGUGAAUUUCGAGCAUUAGCAACUGUCAAAGUACCGCAAGUGCGACAAUUUGAAAGUGGAACACAUGUUGGAAAAGAAAAUUUGAAUCAAGGUUUUACUCAUGCUUUCUUAUUAACUUUCGACAAUGAACAAGAUCGAGAUACAUACAUAGCUCAUGAUGAUCACAAAGCUUUUGUUAAACUUCAACAAGGAAUAGUUGAUAAUAAAAUUGUGCUCGCAUUUUGGUCAAAAUAA